GUUUUUUACAGCUCAGAAUGGACGCUGUAGAGGAAAAUGUUGGAAACAAAAACUUGAAACGACACAGAGCUCCUCUGUCUGAUUCUGAAGACAAUGUCCUCACACAGUCAGAUAUGAAUGAUGGCCAGAAACGUCGUUGUCUAGAGCAAGCUGGCAGAGAGAACUGUAGUCCCAAAUCAUCAUCUGGAUCUCGAACUGACCUAGAGACUAAGCCCGACACACCCAUUGUUCCUUCAGUCUGGUCUCGAGUUCGGCAGCUCACUCAGAGACGAGAUGGAGGAUCUCCUCUGGCACAACGGUGUAUGUCAGAUCCAGGGUCUGAUAGCCCAUCAUUGGUCAGCCACAACAAAGGCUUCAGGGAGAAUCUUCUUGGUGAGAAUGAAUUUCAUCAGCGACUGGAGCGGUUUAAAGGGCCACUAUUCCAGAGUUGUCCCUCCCCUACACCAAGUCCUACUAGCUCCAGCUCUCGUACAUUAUCCAACUUUGUUUUGGACAUUCAGCAGAAACUCCAGGGCAGUGCAACACCCAGCUCUAAGCAGGCGUCCCGCAUUCGCCAGGAACGGGAACAGGAACUGAGCCAAUUGCAUCUACAACCAAUCAGUGAGAAUGCCUGGCUGAAAAGGCGGAGCUCAGAUUCCUCCUUACUUCAGCAGGUAGAUGGUGAGGCUGAGACGAAAGAUGGGAGCUUUACUGAAAUUGCUGCUUCAGGUGUAGAGAAACAGUUGGGAAAUGGGACAGAUGAUCAACUGGACUCUCACAAUGAGCCUAACACAGCUGAAGUAAUUGACCAGAUGUUUGAAGAAGUGCUGGAGUAUGCUGAAAAGAUGAAAGAAGAGGAGGAUGAAGAUCAUGUUGAGGACCAUGAUAGUGGUAUUCACUCUUGCUCUGCAGAUAAGGAUGAUAUGGAGCCGGAGAAGGACAAAAGUAUGGAAAAGGAAGACACCAAAGAAGAGGGUGGUGAUGACAAGAAGCUUGAAAGUAAUGAUGAAAUCCUUACCUUCCCUCCGUUUGGCAUCCUGUCUCCUCUCAGCAAGUCUGUAGAAGCUGUGGUCACCCCAAUGAGACUUGCAGCCAGCCAGCAGUCAGUCACUCCAGAAGAAACUGUAACCCCUCCUCCCGAAUCCGCUCCUCUGUACAGUAUUGAUGCAUACCGCACACAAAGGCAGAGCAAUAUACCAACCAUUCAGAGUGUUACUCCAGCUGUUCAGAGACGAGAUCCAGAGAAGUCCAGGCCUCAGCACUUUUACACGAAGGACAAAAUAGCAGCUUUUAAUGAAGAGUCAGUGCGGCUGCAGAAUGUGAUCAAUCAGACUCUGCAGGCUCUAAGCUGCUGUACUGACGAGGAGCACGGCCGAGGCUCACUGGAGGAGGCUGAAGCAGAGAAACUGCUGCUGGUUUCCUGUGAAAAACGGUCAGCUCUGCUUGAAGAAAUAGCCAGGCUGAGGGAAGAGAGAAGCUCUGAGUCUGGGGAAGAGGCAGAAGACAGGGAUUAUGUUUCCCAGCAGCCCUGUAGAGGAACAGUCAGUGUUAGUAACAUCCAGCUGCCCCUGAAGGUGGAAUAUGUCUGCUCUGCACACAAUCGCACAGGUCGACCGAGUCACUACUUCUUUGUCCUCUUACGUUAUGGGGCCUGCAACAUCAUCGCCACACCGCUGGCCACAGCUGCCGAUGCUCAGAAUGGAGACACAAUCUCCUUCCCUACUUCUGUCACUCUAAAGGAUAUUCGCUCAAACUUCAAAAUUGAUGUGGAAGUCUACAGCCUGUCCCACCCCUCAGGUAACAGCUGCAGCACAGACCGCACCACUACAAAGUCACGGGUCACCCCAAGAAAACUCCUGAACACUAUCACAAGAGCCAGUACUGGUGUGGCAUCCACAGCUCUUCUUGCUAUCAACCCUCGUCGCUCCAGUAACUUUUGUUUGGUGGGCUCCCAUAAGCUCACCUUAGCCUCGCUGGGACACAGCAAGUUUCUCCUGGAUAAGAUGAAGCUUGAUGGCAAAAUCAAGAAGCUCCUGGGAGAUGAAUUUCAGGAAAAGGUACCAUUCCUUUCUCCUCUAGAGGGCCACAUCUACCUACAGUUGAAGAGUGAGAGCCACUCAAACGUGCAGCACCAAGGCUUCCUGACAAUGUUUGAGUUGAUCAGUGGAUUUGGAGUGUGGCAUCGCAGGUAUUUUGUUCUUGAAGGAUGUAACCUUUACUACUGGAACCACCCCAAUGACAAAGAAACAAAGGAAGCAGAGGGAAGCGUCUCCCUGUCCAGUUCCUCCAGCCAGUGCGUCAAACCAGUCAAGCGGGACUCGUGUGCUCGACCUUUCACCUUUGAGAUAGUGAGCAAUAUCCCCAUGCAGCAGGAUGAUGCACAGGAGGCUGUGACCAAGUGCUGGUUCUCAGCAGAUACCAAACAGGAGAGAUUGGACUGGAUGGAUAAACUGAACCAGGCUCUUCUUGAUUUUCACACAUGGAGCCGAGCAUUAGAGAGAGAAACAGAGAGUCAACAGUCUGAGACCUCAAACAGUGAGAACAUGAGGGAGAGCAUUCUGUAACUCGACAUGUAGCCAGAGUUCUGCCCUGGUCCAGUCAGAUCCUCCUGGAAGCACUUUUCAUGAAGCAGGUAGACCAGCUGACAGCAGAGUCUUUAAACUCUUUUUUUGAAGAGGCUGUGUCUCUCAUGACACACUGCCAAAACGAUUAAGCUCUAGGUACAUGUUUAUAUA